UUACCUGUGCAUAUACAGUAUUACGCUCGUAUUUAAAUGUUGGAAUAUUACAUAUUAUAAGCACUUCGUUUUUAGAAUUGUUCGUUUUUGGUUGUAGAGGGGUUUUUUUGGAGUGUCUUAAAAAUGAGUUUGUUUGGCCGAGGUUUUUUUGAAGAUAAAGCAAAAGAUAUGAUAACGCUAAUGGCUCGAGAGAUACUGGAAUUACGAGAGUUUCGGGAACAACUGUUGGUAGAACUACAUCGUGAUCCAAUGAAAUGCUCUGAUGCAAUGAAAGAACUGAUAGACUAUGUUAAACAACACGAGGAUGAAGACAGACUUGUGAAAGGGUUCCAAAAUUCCAAAGAAAACCCAUUUUCUGAUCAAGGGGCUACCUGUGUUAUUAUCUAAUUGCUAUCGAGUUAUAAUGUAUCAGCGUUUAUACAAUUCAUUAACUUGUAAAUAAUAUAUGAUUGGAACGAAAUAAUUCACAAAACGUUCGAUAUAUUACUUUUUAAGAGAUGGUAGUGAUACUGUUAUGUAAAGGUAUUAUGAUAAUUGAGUGUAAAGGAAAUUAUAUUUGAAUAUAUUAAUUUUGUU